AUGACUUCAUUUCAUAACUUCACACAAUGCGGAAACUCCAAAUUAGCAAAAGAUAUCAGUCCAGAGAAUCACAGCUGCAAAAUAGAAUCGGAGAUUCCCAUUCAAGAUGAAACAAUUGAUUCUGAUAUCUGGAUAUCUUUAUUUCAGAAGUUGCAAGAUAUUUGUACGGAUUCUGAUCCGUAUACGGCGGCGGAGAGUCUGCGUAGGGAAAUCAACAAUAUGCCUACGACAGGCGUUAAACGGUCCAAGGAUUAUUCUCUCCACAUCCAAAAAGGCGAUACUUCGGUAGAAGAGACCUGUCUUUAUGCAAUGCGCGAUGCAAUUCAAUGGUGGCGUCACUGGCAUCGCUCGCUGGAGAAACAUCACUGGAAGCAUCUCUAUGUUGCGUUUUCCACCAUUCCCCAAGACAUCACAAUUCCUCCACAACAUUUGGUCAAUGGCGAAUUUUGUUUCCUAGGAAAUUCUUUCGCUGAUGUGCUCGACGGGUUGCAUAAAGAGGGUGUCAGCUCGGAUCAAAUUGCCUUUAUGGAAAUGUGCCUGCUACGACAAUACCUAGUCCAAUAUAUUUCCAAGCAGGAGCCUCAAAUCAAUUUGAAAUUCCACGCAGGACCCGCCUUUGCGAGCAAUUGGCGAAAUAUCAAUGGAAAUGUGUUUGGUUCGACGAUGGCCAUUCUGGCUGCAAGGGCCACUGACCUUGGAAUCGUUAAUAUCGCUGUCAAGAUGACGACUAUUGCGGAUUAUUCGUCCAUGAAUUUGAUGGGUAAAUUAUCUAUCCUCACGGAUAAGGUGGUUUCUGAAGGAAGUCUAGCACAUAACCUGUAUGAACUAUACUUCAGAUACAUGGAACUUCUUGAUUUGCAGCCUAGUGCACCGCUUAUAAGUCGCUCUGUGUCAUCAGGCCUUCACUUUAUUCCCUCCAUGGAUGGAGCUCGCGAGCGCUUGAGAAAUGUUCGCACCCCAAUGCUUGUGUCUUUGCGUCAUACUGUCGGUCGUUAUAUUCAAAGAUAA